AUGAAUGCAUUUCAACAUACCUAUUCGAUCAACUCUACUACGUCAGCGAUGUAGUUAUAGCCAAGAGUGAUGAAUAGGAAGCUAACAAUAAGAGACCCGCGCGCCCCAAGUCCACAGCCAGCGAGCCUGGGGCUGAGCCAAUGGCCCAGGCUCGCUCCGCGCGCCUAAGUCCCAGGCUCGCUUCGCGCGCCUAAGUCCUGGGCCGGGGCGCCCGGUUCGCUCCGCGCGCCUAAGUCCUGAGCCGAGCGGAGAGUGGAUUCCUCACACGUCUCGCCUUCACCAGCGACGGCAUCGACAUCGCCAAGGACGGCCGGGCCAUUGCUCACGGUACCAGGGUCAACGACGGUCUUUACCUUUUGGACGCGGAUCACACCAAGUGUCAGCAUCUUGCCUUCCCCUCACGCUCUGAGUCUCCCGUGCCCCUGCUUACCCUACACCGCUGCCUCGGCCAUCUUGCCCCAUCCUCUAUACAGAAGAUGAUUGCUGCAGGUUUGCUGGACGGGUUUGGGGCCGGGUACAGUGACAAAGACGUAGAGGAGUUUGUUUGCAAUGCUUGCCUUGGUUCCAAAGGUCACCGCCUUCCCUUUCCCGACUCUGAGUCGCAUUCCGCCGAGAGACUUGGCCUCGUGCACAGCGACGUCCUGUCGUUCCCCACUCCGUCCUUGACCGGGAAGCGCUACCUUGUCACGUUUCUAGACGACCACUCUCGCAAACUCUGGGCAUAUGCGAUCGAUCACAAAAGCGAUGUUUUCCCGACCUUCCAGACUUGGCUCGCCGAAGUGGAGUUAGAGACGAACGCGCGGUUGAGGAUCCUUCGAACCGACAAUGGCGGGGAGUACCGAUCAAACGCAUUCACGGAGUUCUGCAAAUCCAAGGGCAUUCGUCGUCAAUACUCUAUCCCUUACACGCCUCAACAAAACGGUCGCGCCGAACGUGUCAACCUCUCCAUCGUCGAGGGCGUCCUCGCUCUCCUUGCGGACGCCCGUCUGCCGGCCACCUUUUGGGAUGAAGCGGCUGCGUAUUUCGUUUAUUGCAAAAACAGGUGCUCACACUCAGCUUUGGCCAAACAGACUCCAGAAUCCGUUUGGAACGGCCAACGCACCACCGCCACCGCCCUCCACCCGUUCGGCUGCACAGCCUGGCUCACGGUCGCCCCGGACCUUCGCAGCAAGCUCGACCCCAAGGCCGCGCGCGUGAUCUUCACAGGUUACGACCUCGCCUCCAAAGCUUUCCGUUUCUUUGACCAUUCCAUCAACAAGAUUGUACUUGGUCGCAAUGCCACCUUCCUCGACGACGACUUCCCCGGCCUGCCAGUCACCACGCCCGUCGAUGCAGACGACACCGACCGUCAGUUCGUCGUUCCCGCCGACACGCCCGCCCCUGCCGUCAAGACGAGGACCCCACUAGUAAGGUCGGCGCACAUGGACGUCUCAUCCUCCCUUGAUGAUUCUGCCAUGAGCGCCGUUGACGUGGCCCCAGGGUACACUGGCGGAACCUUACUUAAUUCCACAGAUACCGAAUCGUCCUCGUCACCGUCUCCUGAGCCGUCCUCGUCACCGUCGCCCACAAACCCUUUGUCACCGUCGCCUGCGCUGUCACCGUCGUUGGCAGCGUCAUCGUCACCCUCUGACAGGCAACGUCGGAGGGGAUGA